GACUGGAACAUGCACCACUGUUGCUUGGCAGAGGGCGUUCCCCGAAUUGCCGGCAACUCCCGGAUCUCAGGCUUGGCCUUCCCCUACGGGGCCUACACAGCUGAGUCAUCCCCAGGCUCCCGGCAGACCCAGCUGUGGCGCUUCAUCCUGGAGCUGCUGCAGAAGGAAGAGUUCCGCCAUGUCAUCGCCUGGCAGCAGGGAGAGUACGGGUUUGUCAUCAAAGAUCCAAAUGAAGUGGCUCGCCUCUGGGACCAUAGGAAGUGCAAACCACAGACGAAUUAUGACAAGCUGAGCGGGGCGCUCAGAUAUUACUACAAUAAGAAGGUCCUGCACAAGAACAAAGGCAAAAGAUUCACUUGCAAGUUCAACUUCAGCAAGCUCAUCAUAAUCAGCUAUCCUCUAUGGGAGGUGCAGGCGCCACCAACCCCCAACCUGCUGCUGAGGGCCUCUGCCUUGCUUCGGCCAGCCCUGGUGCCCAUGGGCAUGCAGAGUGAGCUCCUGUACAGCAUGCUGCUCACCCACUGGGUCAUGGUGGAGUGGACGGCUGGACAGCGGAUGCCCUGAGGGCCACCAGAAGCCUCUGAGGAUAAGAAGGGGAGAAGCAGCAGUGUCUACCAUGAGUGCUUGGGACUGGACUUGGGCUCUGCCUCCACCCGCUGCCUGCUCUGCCCUUGCUGCCAUUUGGGGGCCCUCCCAGAUCUGCCCAGUUUUGCCUCCUUCACACCUCCCCUUCCACUCUCUCUCCCCUCCAAUUGUACCUGCCUCUCAGGGCCCUUCUUGCCCCCUCUCCUCCCAGAGCAGCAGUUUCCGAGGUCCUCCAAGCCAGAGAGCCUGCUCCCGGGGCCCAUAGCUGGUGCCCCAGGAAAAUGCUGGUGCCCCCUAGCAGCAUGGCAUUUUCCAGGGCUUCCCAUUGGCUGAGCUGGGACAGGGGCUGGUGAGAAGCUCAGGUUCUUCUCUUUUAGGCCAGAGAUGUUGGAGGUAAAGCCGUACCCCCAAAAGGGGGCAAAGGGAUGCCUGGAUCCCUGGCAGGCCUUUUCCUUAGAGGUGCAGGGGCCCAAAACUGGGGAGAAAAAUCCUGUGUCCCCCAAUUUGGAUAAUUUUGAAGCAGCAUGGACCUUGCAUCCUCCUUAA